GUUUUGGGAUACCAUUAGUUUAUGAGUUAUGAGAUUGACUUACAAAAACAACUGACAAAUUAGAUGUCCUUUUAUUAAAUGAUUUAUAAUAGUUGUCUAUAAAAUUGUGUGUAUAUAAAGAAGUGUUGUUUAGUUCAACAAACGAGAGCUUUAAGAUUGACCAUUGAUUUAAUUAAUUAAUUAAUUUAAUACAAGCAUAUGAUGGACAUAUCAAUUAUUGACAACGAUUUCUGUAACGGUUUAAACAAUAGUAGCCUUUUAAUUGAUAAAAAACUUAAAGUCGACAGAAAGAAGUUUGAGACACUUCUUGAAAACAAAGAUCAACUUCUUGGAAAUGCUGAAACAUUUUUUGGAAAUAUUAUGAAAGAAUUUCCAUCGGUAAGCAUUUCAUGGCCACCAAAGCUUAAAACUGGCACUAAGUCUAAAAAGGAUCCGCACGUAAAGAUUUCGGGAAUUCCUUUUAUGGUGAGAGCGGCCAGACUUAAGAUAUUGUCUUUUUUGGAUCCAUCUCGAGAUCGAGUAACUCUUAAGAUGGACAUAGACUGGACGGCUCAUUCACAUAUUAUUGGUAAGGGUGGUACCUCUAUUCAGCAGGUUAUGGUAUCAAGUGGCUGUCACGUCCACUUUCCUGAUGCCAACCGCACCAAUACUAAUGAAAAAUCAAAUCAAGUGUCAAUCGCUGGAACUGUUGAAGGCGUUAAAAUGGCUCGCAUUGCUAUUAGGGAUUUAUUGCCAAUAAUUAUCACAUUUAAUAUUCUGAUUGGUUUUGAAAACCGAUGGGAAAUAUUUAAAGAAAAAAUGAAUCAAAUUAUCAAAGAGAUAGAGAGUCUGAGUUGUAUUCAAAUUGGUUUUCGUUAUAAUGGAGACAAUAGACUGACCACUAAUGAUGCCAUUAGUGUCACGAUUUUAGUUCGCGGAGUUUAUGGCAGUUUAGCUCUUCUUAAACUUGUUGUCGAUGUCUUACAAGAAUCACUACAAUCAUUGAUUACAAGUCAAGUGUUAUAUGAAAUAAAUACAGAAAUAUCACUACAACACCAUAACUUUGUAAUGGGUUAUAAUAAGUCUAAUAUAAAUGAAAUAAUGAGUAUAACCGAUGCAAACAUAAUAUUUCCCGAACCAAUUGAUCAAACUGUUGACCACUUGUUUUCUCGACAAUCACUUUCAAGUCCUCAAACGGUUGCAAAUCGUAAAACAACUAUAAUUAUAAAGUCAUCAAAAAUUGAAUCACUUUUAUUAGCCUUUCAUAUGAUUGAAGAAAGGCUUCCUCUUUCACUAUCAUUUGAUCUCAAAGAAGGCCAAGAAGUGGACACUAAAAUGAUUGAGACAUUAAGUACCAAAUAUGAUGUCAGUAUAUCAGUGAAGCCAAAGCCAAAACAUAACACAAAGACUGUUUGGAUCAAAGUCGCAGAAAAAGACUUUUUGAGACUAUUUCAAGUGAGACAUCAUCUGAUCGAAGAACAAGAGACAAUCACUAGUGAAUUGAUGGCAGUUAUCACUAAUAUAUGGAAACCCAAUGAAUCGGAUCCAUUGGAACUGUUGACUGACAAAAACGGUGAUAAAUUUCAAUUAGAUUAUGGGAUGGGUAGCAAAUUCAACAAAGCUCCCGGUGCUGAACGCUGGUCAUAAUGCAACUAAAUUUAUAUAGGCAUCGAUUUUAACCCUAAUUUCGGUUUUAUAUCAGUGACUAAUCAAAAAGUGAUUUAAAUUGUGACCUAUA